UUUCUAGCUGUUUGCAGAAUAUAUUUUCCAUACCAAGCUUGGACUUCUCCUUCUAGAUAGCGGGGCUGGGACGCAUCAAUAGCUAGAUUACUGGUCUUUGGUCACUGAGUCUUGUUCUCAUUCGCAGAGUAAGUGAACUCGUGAAGCUUCAAACCUAACAAUUUGGCGACGGUAGUUUUGGAAAGAUGAAUCCUUCUAAACUUGAAUUAUUACUCCAGCAGCAGAUGAAACUUAUUCAAAUGUUAGCAGAUGCAAAGCUUACGUCUAAUCCUCAACCAAGCAGUUCUAAUCCUACUACUACUGCACCAUCAGUUGAUGGUAUUGCUAACAGUAUCUCCGAGUUUCAUUACGAUCCAGAAUCCAAUGUCACGUUUGAUAUGUAGUUUCGACGUUACGAAGACUUAUUCAAAUUCGACUUUACUAAUCAGGAUGAUGCUUGGAAGGUCCGCUUGCUGCUUAGAAAGUUGGAUCCUAGUGAACUAGACAGUGUCAGCAAGCAGCUAAGUGUAACGUGAAAGUACUGCCGGUCCCAUGGCCACAGCCUGAGUAUCCCUGGUCCAGGAUACAUGUCGAUUUCGCAGGCCCAACUAAUGGAAUCACCUAUUUAGUCGUUGUUGACGCCUUUUCGAAAUGGCCAGAAAUCGUUCCCGUCAUGCCACCAACGACAAGCCAAACAAUGCAACUUUUGACAGAGAUGUUCUCCCGCAACGGAUUACCGGAUAUAAUCGCAUCCGACAAUGGUUCGCAAUUCACUUCAAGUCAAUUUCAAGAAUUUUGCAAACGCCUAUCGAUCAAGCAUUUCCGCUCUCCACCUUACCACCCACAGUCAAAUGGCCAGGCAGAAAGAUUUGUGGAUAGAUUCAAGAGAGCUCUAAUGAAGUCGAAAGGAGAGGGGACGCCAGUAGAAACACUGUAGAAUUUCUUGUUUGUUUACCGAACAACACCUAAUGAUGUGCUACUACAGCAGAAGUCCCCGGCAGAGAUCCUGAUGGGAAGGAAAUUGAGGACGAUCCAUAAUCUGGUGUGCCCAAGAACCAAACCACCACCAUCUCAGACCAAAUCUCAGAAGCUUCCAGCGUACGAGGUCUGAUGCCCGGUGUUCGUUCGAGACUACAGAGCAAAUCAUGGUCCUUGGAUCGAAGCACGUGUGGUUGGAAGACUAGACCAAGUUAUGUACGAGGUAAAGGUGGGAAGAGACACGUGGACUAGACACCGAAACCAACUAUGGAAGCGGAUAGCCCCAGACCACCCAUCAACAGGAGUAAAUCUUCCCCUCGACACCUUGCUUGAUACUUUCAACUUACCUGCAGCCCCACCACAAGGGGCUCAACAGCAAGCUGAUCCCCAUCCCAGAAGGUGGCCUCUCUGUCAGCGGCGAACUACAGUCAAGAUGCAAGUCCACCCCAGAAAAGUACGCUAUUAAAAGGGGAGGAGUGUUGAGGACAGUAUAUCCCCAAAAUUCACAUUUGUAAUUUUAUCAUAUCGAUUAAGUGUUUAAAUAUUUGAAUGGAAGCCAAUUGAUGAACUUAUCGAUUAAAUGAUUAAAUAGCAGUCAAUUGGCGAACUUAUCGAUUAAAUAUUUGAAUGCCUGUCGAUUGAUGAACUCAAUGAGUAAUGUUUAAAAACAUUUUACUAGGACAUUAUCGAUUAUAUAUAUAUUCGUAUAUAUACGUUUUAAAUUGUGUUUGUGGGCUCGCUCGUUUUCUAGCUGUUUGCAGAAUAUAUUUUCCAUACCAAGCUUGGACUUCUCCUUCUAGAUAGCGGGGCUGGGACGCAUCAAUAGCUAGAUUACUGGUCUUUGGUCACUGAGUCUUGUUCUCAUUCGCAGAGUAAGUGAACUCGUGAAGCUUCAAACCUAACAAUUUGGCGACGGUAGUUUUGGAAAGAUGAAUCCUUCUAAACUUGAAUUAUUACUCCAGCAGCAGAUGAAACUUAUUCAAAUGUUAGCAGAUGCAAAGCUUACGUCUAAUCCUCAACCAAGCAGUUCUAAUCCUACUACUACUGCACCAUCAGUUGAUGGUAUUGCUAACAGUAUCUCCGAGUUUCAUUACGAUCCAGAAUCCAAUGUCACGUUUGAUAUGUAGUUUCGACGUUACGAAGACUUAUUCAAAUUCGACUUUACUAAUCAGGAUGAUGCUUGGAAGGUCCGCUUGCUGCUUAGAAAGUUGGAUCCUAGUGAACUAGACAGUGUCAGCAAGCAGCUAAGUGUAACGUGAAAGUACUGCCGGUCCCAUGGCCACAGCCUGAGUAUCCCUGGUCCAGGAUACAUGUCGAUUUCGCAGGCCCAACUAAUGGAAUCACCUAUUUAGUCGUUGUUGACGCCUUUUCGAAAUGGCCAGAAAUCGUUCCCGUCAUGCCACCAACGACAAGCCAAACAAUGCAACUUUUGACAGAGAUGUUCUCCCGCAACGGAUUACCGGAUAUAAUCGCAUCCGACAAUGGUUCGCAAUUCACUUCAAGUCAAUUUCAAGAAUUUUGCAAACGCCUAUCGAUCAAGCAUUUCCGCUCUCCACCUUACCACCCACAGUCAAAUGGCCAGGCAGAAAGAUUUGUGGAUAGAUUCAAGAGAGCUCUAAUGAAGUCGAAAGGAGAGGGGACGCCAGUAGAAACACUGUAGAAUUUCUUGUUUGUUUACCGAACAACACCUAAUGAUGUGCUACUACAGCAGAAGUCCCCGGCAGAGAUCCUGAUGGGAAGGAAAUUGAGGACGAUCCAUAAUCUGGUGUGCCCAAGAACCAAACCACCACCAUCUCAGACCAAAUCUCAGAAGCUUCCAGCGUACGAGGUCUGAUGCCCGGUGUUCGUUCGAGACUACAGAGCAAAUCAUGGUCCUUGGAUCGAAGCACGUGUGGUUGGAAGACUAGACCAAGUUAUGUACGAGGUAAAGGUGGGAAGAGACACGUGGACUAGACACCGAAACCAACUAUGGAAGCGGAUAGCCCCAGACCACCCAUCAACAGGAGUAAAUCUUCCCCUCGACACCUUGCUUGAUACUUUCAACUUACCUGCAGCCCCACCACAAGGGGCUCAACAGCAAGCUGAUCCCCAUCCCAGAAGGUGGCCUCUCUGUCAGCGGCGAACUACAGUCAAGAUGCAAGUCCACCCCAGAAAAGUACGCUAUUAAAAAGGGGAGGAGUGUUGAAGACAGUAUAUCCCCAAAAUUCACAUUUGUAAUUUUAUCAUAUCGAUUAAGUGUUUAAAUAUUUGAAUGGAAGCCAAUUGAUGAACUUAUCGAUUAAAUGAUUAAAUAGCAGUCAAUUGGCGAACUUAUCGAUUAAAUAUUUGAAUGCCUGUCGAUUGAUGAACUCAAUGAGUAAUGUUUAAAAACAUUUUACUAGGACAUUAUCGAUUAUAUAUAUAUUCGUAUAUAUACGUUUUAAAUUGUGUUUGUGGGCUCGCUCGUUUUCUAGCUGUUUGCAGAAUAUAUUUUCCAUACCAAGCUUGGACUUCUCCUUCUAGAUAGCGGGGCUGGGACGCAUCAAUAGCUAGAUUACUGGUCUUUGGUCACUGAGUCUUGUUCUCAUUCGCAGAGUAAGUGAACUCGUGAAGCUUCAAACCUAACAAUUUGGCGACGGUAGUUUUGGAAAGAUGAAUCCUUCUAAACUUGAAUUAUUACUCCAGCAGCAGAUGAAACUUAUUCAAAUGUUAGCAGAUGCAAAGCUUACGUCUAAUCCUCAACCAAGCAGUUCUAAUCCUACUACUACUGCACCAUCAGUUGAUGGUAUUGCUAACAGUAUCUCCGAGUUUCAUUACGAUCCAGAAUCCAAUGUCACGUUUGAUAUGUAGUUUCGACGUUACGAAGACUUAUUCAAAUUCGACUUUACUAAUCAGGAUGAUGCUUGGAAGGUCCGCUUGCUGCUUAGAAAGUUGGAUCCUAGUGAACUAGACAGUGUCAGCAAGCAGCUAAGUGUAACGUGAAAGUACUGCCGGUCCCAUGGCCACAGCUUGAGUAUCCCUGGUCCAGGAUACAUGUCGAUUUCGCAGGCUCAACUAAUGGAAUCACCUAUUUAGUCGUUGUUGACGCCUUUUCGAAAUGGCCAGAAAUCGUUCCCGUCAUGCCACCAACGACAAGCCAAACAAUGCAACUUUUGACAGAGAUGUUCUCCCGCAACGGAUUACCGGAUAUAAUCUCAUCCGACAAUGGUUCGCAAUUCACUUCAAGUCAAUUUCAAGAAUUUUGCAAACGCCUAUCGAUCAAGCAUUUCCGCUCUCCACCUUACCACCCACAGUCAAAUGGCCAGGCAGAAAGAUUUGUGGAUAGAUUCAAGAGAGCUCUAAUGAAGUCGAAAGGAGAGGGGACGCCAGUAGAAACACUGUAGAAUUUCUUGUUUGUUUACCGAACAACACCUAAUGAUGUGCUACUACAGCAGAAGUCCCCGGCAGAGAUCCUGAUGGGAAGGAAAUUGAGGACGAUCCAUAAUCUGGUGUGCCCAAGAACCAAACCACCACCAUCUCAGACCAAAUCUCAGAAGCUUCCAGCGUACGAGGUCUGAUGCCCGGUGUUCGUUCGAGACUACAGAGCAAAUCAUGGUCCUUGGAUCGAAGCACGUGUGGUUGGAAGACUAGACCAAGUUAUGUACGAGGUAAAGGUGGGAAGAGACACGUGGACUAGACACCGAAACCAACUAUGGAAGCGGAUAGCCCCAGACCACCCAUCAACAGGAGUAAAUCUUCCCCUCGACACCUUGCUUGAUACUUUCAACUUACCUGCAGCCCCACCACAAGGGGCUCAACAGCAAGCUGAUCCCCAUCCCAGAAGGUGGCCUCUCUGUCAGCGGCGAACUACAGUCAAGAUGCAAGUCCACCCCAGAAAAGUACGCUAUUAAAAAGGGGAGGAGUGUUGAGGACAGUAUAUCCCCAAAAUUCACAUUUGUAAUUUUAUCAUAUCGAUUAAGUGUUUAAAUAUUUGAAUGGAAGCCAAUUGAUGAACUUAUCGAUUAAAUGAUUAAAUAGCAGUCAAUUGGCGAACUUAUCGAUUAAAUAUUUGAAUGCCUGUCGAUUGAUGAACUCAAUGAGUAAUGUUUAAAAACAUUUUACUAGGACAUUAUCGAUUAUAUAUAUAUUCGUAUAUAUACGUUUUAAAUUGUGUUUGUGGGCUCGCUCGUUUUCUAGCUGUUUGCAGAAUAUAUUUUCCAUACCAAGCUUGGACUUCUCCUUCUAGAUAGCGAGGCUGGGACGCAUCAAUAGCUAGAUUACUGGUCUUUGGUCACUGAGUCUUGUUCUCAUUCGCAGAGUAAGUGAACUCGUGAAGCUUCAAACCUAACAAUUUGGCGACGGUAGUUUUGGAAAGAUGAAUCCUUCUAAACUUGAAUUAUUACUCCAGCAGCAGAUGAAACUUAUUCAAAUGUUAGCAGAUGCAAAGCUUACGUCUAAUCCUCAACCAAGCAGUUCUAAUCCUACUACUACUGCACCAUCAGUUGAUGGUAUUGCUAACAGUAUCUCCGAGUUUCAUUACGAUCCAGAAUCCAAUGUCACGUUUGAUAUGCAGUUUCGACGUUACGAAGACUUAUUCAAAUUCGACUUUACUAAUCAGGAUGAUGCUUGGAAGGUCCGCUUGCUGCUUAGAAAGUUGGAUCCUAGUGAACUAGACAGUGUCAGCAAGCAGCUAAGUGUAACGUGAAAGUACUGCCGGUCCCAUGGCCACAGCUUGAGUAUCCCUGGUCCAGGAUACAUGUCGAUUUCGCAGGCUCAACUAAUGGAAUCACCUAUUUAGUCGUUGUUGACGCCUUUUCGAAAUGGCCAGAAAUCGUUCCCGUCAUGCCACCAACGACAAGCCAAACAAUGCAACUUUUGACAGAGAUGUUCUCCCGCAACGGAUUACCGGAUAUAAUCGCAUCCGACAAUGGUUCGCAAUUCACUUCAAGUCAAUUUCAAGAAUUUUGCAAACGCCUAUCGAUCAAGCAUUUCCGCUCUCCACCUUACCACCCACAGUCAAAUGGCCAGGCAGAAAGAUUUGUGGAUAGAUUCAAGAGAGCUCUAAUGAAGUCGAAAGGAGAGGGGACGCCAGUAGAAACACUGUAGAAUUUCUUGUUUGUUUACCGAACAACACCUAAUGAUGUGCUACUACAGCAGAAGUCCCCGGCAGAGAUCCUGAUGGGAAGGAAAUUGAGGACGAUCCAUAAUCUGGUGUGCCCAAGAACCAAACCACCACCAUCUCAGACCAAAUCUCAGAAGCUUCCAGCGUACGAGGUCUGAUGCCCGGUGUUCGUUCGAGACUACAGAGCAAAUCAUGGUCCUUGGAUCGAAGCACGUGUGGUUGGAAGACUAGACCAAGUUAUGUACGAGGUAAAGGUGGGAAGAGACACGUGGACUAGACACCGAAACCAACUAUGGAAGCGGAUAGCCCCAGACCACCCAUCAACAGGAGUAAAUCUUCCCCUCGACACCUUGCUUGAUACUUUCAACUUACCUGCAGCCCCACCACAAGGGGCUCAACAGCAAGCUGAUCCCCAUCCCAGAAGGUGGCCUCUCUGUCAGCGGCGAACUACAGUCAAGAUGCAAGUCCACCCCAGAAAAGUACGCUAUUAAAAAGGGGAGGAGUGUUGAGGACAGUAUAUCCCCAAAAUUCACAUUUGUAAUUUUAUCAUAUCGAUUAAGUGUUUAAAUAUUUGAAUGGAAGCCAAUUGAUGAACUUAUCGAUUAAAUGAUUAAAUAGCAGUCAAUUGGCGAACUUAUCGAUUAAAUAUUUGAAUGCCUGUCGAUUGAUGAACUCAAUGAGUAAUGUUUAAAAACAUUUUACUAGGACAUUAUCGAUUAUAUAUAUAUUCGUAUAUAUACGUUUUAAAUUGUGUUUGUGGGCUCGCUCGUUUUCUAGCUGUUUGCAGAAUAUAUUUUCCAUACCAA